AUGCCCUUGGAAAAGCCGCGCGAAAAAAGUAACUUCACUCCGUCGAAAAAACAGUUUAAAGGCCAGGACAAAAAAGAUCGUGGCUCAAACUGGAGGGGCGGUCGGGGCUUUUCCCCUCGUGGGGGCAGAGGCUUUGGUGGUAGAGGACGUGGUGGCCCCAAUCACGGAGGCCAUGAUGGUGGAUUCAAGCAUCGCGGAGGUGGCGGUGGUCGAGGACGCGGUAAUUUUCAACGAGGGCGUGGGAAGAAUCGCGGCAACUAG